AACAGAGGCAGCAACGUGAUCAUCAUCAUCAUCUGUUCAAGAAUCAAAGAUUUCGAAGACAAAAUUUCUCCCGAUAACACAAAAUUGCUGCUGUUUCAGACGAAUACCCCAACUUUGCACUGUUCAAAAACCCUAACCUAAAACCUUCUAUUUCUGUCAUGACGGCUCUUGGUGGAUCUACCUUCUGUUUCAAAGUAAAUUUUAUUGAUAGAGUGCUGCCAUGCGCUUGCCUUAACAAUAGUUUCAAGAUGCUUCCUAAUCUCUCUUCUACAACACAUUAUUGUCCUCUCAAGCUGCAGAUUGCACAACGAGCCCCACCCAUUGUGAAAGCUCCGCGGUUGUUGUCAUUAACAGCAUGCCGAGUAAAACGUGAAGGCUCGGGGGAAAUAUUGAGCGGUGAAAACAUCGUAGUGGAUGAGCAAACCCUAGCGCGGGACCUGCAGAUUGCAAUCGAAGAAGAGAAUUACGCCCAAGCUGCAAAAAUUAGGGAUAGCCUUCGGCUACUUCAGGAGGAUAGUAAAGCUUCAGUACUGGCAGCAAAUGCUCGGUUUUAUAAUGCAUUCAGGAACGGUGAUUUAGCUUCAAUGCAAAACCUUUGGGCAAAGGGAAAUAACGUCUGUUGUGUGCACCCCGGUGCUAGUGGAGUUAUCGGAUAUGACGAUGUUAUGGAGAGCUGGGAGCUUGUAUGGAUGAACUAUGAUUUCCCAUUAGAGAUCGAGUUGAAAAAUGCUCAAGUUCAUUUUAGAGGCGAUGUAGGAUAUGUUACGUGUGUGGAGUUUGUUAGGACGAAAGGCAGCAGUUGGGGAGCUCAAUUUGUAACAAAUGUUUUUGAGAGGAUUGAUGGUCAAUGGUUCAUUUGUAUUCAUCACGCUUCACCUGUUGACUUGUAAGAAAUUUGUAUUAACAUGUCCAAGGAAAGCUGCAUUAUUGUGCAGAUUGUUUCUAUCA